GUUUGACUUUUAAACGAUAUAAACAGCGAUUUAAAGCUUUAUAGUCACAAACGGACUAAGAACAGGCGAUCACGUUUUGCGUACUUUUAACUAUAAACUCGACAAGUAUAUCGUAAUUGUAACAUUAUUUAAUUUAUCUAAAUGAUAAAUAGCAAAAAGUGUAAAUAUUCUAAUUGACAGCAAUAACUCUAUAUCUGACAAAUCUAAUCGUAUGAAAACAAAGAGCUGCUUGUUGGUACUGUUUUAUAUCGGCCACGUUUCGUGUCACCUCUUGAAAUAUUACGUGAAUCAUGGGCAAUUAUAUGAACAAAUUGCUCUUUCAUGCUGAUGAAAAUCGAAAAGAAAAUGAAACACAGACUCUGGAGCAGCAACAAAUAACUAAAGAAGAUGAUAAGUUAUGCACACCAUGUUCCGAAGGAAAAUUGUUGGCUGAUCCACGUUCAGCUUCACUAGAGAUCAAAAGAACUCCUAUCUUGGUUGACAACACCCCAGUGGGAGUAAAUAAAAGAGUGCUUAACGCAAUACCAAAACAUUUACAAACAAAACAAUAUCUCGAAACUAAUUUGGAUUUAAUUAUGCCACCAUGGUCACCGAAGAAACAUUUUAUGGCAAAAUGGGCAACUGAUAACCAAUCACAAGAAUUGGAAAAAGAACAAAAUUCUUCAACGCUAGAUACAAAUGUUGCAAAAACACCAAAAAAUCUAACAUUAAUUGAAAAAGAACGUUAUAGAAUUUUGGGUCUUGACCCAAGAUCUCCAGCAGCUGAUUUUAGCAGAACUCCUAUUUUAGUACCAAAAUCUCUCGCGCUAUUAAAGGCCCGAUCACAAGAUAACUUAAAUCGCAAGGGCAGUUAUGAAACAGAUGUUUACAAUCCAAGAAACUCAUGGCAAGAAACAAGCAUAUCACUCGAUAACACUGAAAUGCAAUUGUUGCCAGACAUAGCUUCCAAACGCCUAAAAGAGCUAGAUUCUAAAACGCAAACCGAAUUAAAUAUACUCGAUAUACACGAGUCCGAUUCGGAUAAUUCCGAUUCAAAUGUUUUUGUAAACGAAGAAGACGUCACAGUUAUUAAAAACACAAACAUUAAAAUGACAAAUAAUAGAUCAUUAGUUACAGACAAAUGGACAUUUACAGAAAUUGACAAACAAGAAGACAGCAAGGACAAACAGAAUGAUUACAAAGACGUUAUUGAACAAAAUAUGAGAUCUAUGCAAAUAAAAGAAGACAAUAAAAUUAAAAUAUGGCACGAUUCGUCAGUAUCAGAGAAAAAUGUACCAAGUGAGAUAGAGCAAAAGGAAAUUCAAGAGAAUAUCGAGGGAGAAUUAUUCCGGGAAGAGAUUCUAAAGGAAAAUAUAAUGCACGAUGAAUAUCUUGUAAAUAGUAUCUCUCCAUCAAAAUUUAUAAAGAUCGAAAAUAUCCAGAAAAAGGAAGACGUAGGAGGAGAUAUAAAAAAGAUUCCUAAAACAGAUGCAAAAUUGAAGUCAGACGAGAAAAAGAUUUAUAGCCCGGAUAGCAAAUAUUGUAACGAAGUACCCAAGAAUCGGACGCCUCUUGGCAAUAGGUCUAAUAACGGUAUAACUCAAGGAAUACCAGCAAAAUCACCGCAACAACUAUUAAAAAAUAAGACUUUAAUUACUAAAGUGCAGCAAGAGAACACACCACCCUAUAAAAGUUACAAUGCAAAAACUAAAAACGGAAUUCAGUGGGACCCAAAUUCUUCAAUUAUCAUAUAAAUGAUACAUUUAAAACGAUAAAGAAGGUAAUAUUUAGUUGCUAUUUUUAUCCUAAGACUACACUGAUGUUAUUUUGUAUUGCAACUUGUAAGACUUAAUUUAUAUUUAAAUAUAUUUAAUAAUUAUAAAA